AUGACAAAAACAGAAGUUGAUGAGAAUUAUAUCAAGACUUUGGAAACAAAAUUGCGAAAAUUACGGAGAGACGAAACGCAGUUAAAUUCUAAAGAUAUAUUAAACGGCUUGAGAAGUUACCGAGAAGAUAAGCUUUUCCGUUUGUUAACGACAUCGAGUCAUUGCUUCGAGGAUAACUUUACCGAUCAGCCAAUUGUAACUUCGUAUUUACGACGCAAAUUAGCACCACAAACGGUUGCUGUACAUUGCGGUGAACGCAUUGCUCUGCUUGAAGCCGAUCAAGUGGAAUUACAAAAUUUGAAAGUAAAUGAAGAAGUAGGUUACAUACCUGGAAGAACAUUUAAAAAAAUAGAGAAAAGUGGAUUAGAAGCAAUAAAAAUGAAUUGGAAGGAGAGGAGCUUUAUUCCUGUUCUGUGUUGCAACACAUAUAGUUUACAUCAAUUAUCAGAUCUUAGCGUUAUCUGCGUUACAUUUUGCGGAAAGGUACAUUGGAUGGACAAUACGGAACCAACGGAUUUAGUUGUCUUGUUCAACGAAAGUCUAGAUGAUAAUGAAAAUCUGGAAAUUGUUGCAUCUGAUUGUACAAAACAAAAUAGCAGCGAUGAUGUAGCCAUCCUUGUGACAUGUUGGGUAUUAUUUGAUCAGUUUUGGAUGCCAAAGCGUCAUUUUGCCGCAGUGUUUAAAGCAACAGCUAAUUAUAAAUUCAUUUUAUGCUAUAAGCUAGAACUUGAUAAUGUGCCCUCUUACACUAGAAUAACGGCUGAGGCAGCUGUUGCCAAUAAUGGCCAUUGUUGGCUCAUAUUUACCGCUUCACGUGCUGUUCGUUUAUUUGUUGUCCAGCCCGUAACACUGUCAGUUGAAGAGGUUGAUUCUGUUGGUGAUAUCUAUCCAGGACUUGAUUUGGGCGAUCUACCAGGUUCUGCUAUCAGAUCAAAUUGUCUUCAAACAUCGACAUAUCGAUGGUCUGCACUUGGUUUUGAUACAGGUUAUGUGAUUGUAACAGCUUUAUCCAUGGGAACAAAUUUUAUAGAGGACAGAAGUAAAUUGAAAUUUUCUGGUGCCAUAUCAGUUCUAUUAAUUUUACAACACGUUGGACGAGAGGAUAAGAUUUCGAUACUAGUAUCUUCAACAUUAGGGCCAGCAGCUGUGUGGAUGCUAUCUCUAUCUCCGGAUAAAAGUCAUUUUGAAUGGAAAAGGAUAAAGGUAUUGGAAGAUACGCGUGGCCAUGAUGCCAUUGUAUGCUCUGCAUCCAGUGAUGAAUUGAUUGCUAUUGGAGCAUAUGGUGGUGUCAUUUUGCUAUACAAACGAACAGAUCUCUUAUCUGAUGAUCAUUACGCAGCUCCUUGCUCAAUUAUCGAAAUGCAUGUGUCGGUGAUAUCAAUGAUUUUUCUCAGGAAUGAUAUGUUAGCAGUUCUAACAACCAGUGGUUUGCACAUCGUCCAUCGGUCAGAUCGAUAA